AUGUGGCAGGGGAGACGGAUUGGGCGACGAGACACAUGCGAGCUAAGCAGAAUCCCUUCGACAGAGGAGCAUCAUAUCGAUUCCUUCGACGCGGGAUCGUUCUUCGCACUCCACGACUUUGAUUCCUCAGGAACAUGGACGCCCGAUGAAAUCCGCAAAACCUACGGAAUGGAUGACCCCUCGAAUGCCCACGUUACAGAACAACAGAAGCAGGAUGCGGUGCGGCAAGUGUUGGCGCUCUUUGAUCCGUUGAACACGGGCAGCGUCUCCCGCAGCGACUGGAUGCGCCUGGUUACGGCCGGCAAACGACUGCCGGACUUUGGCUUCGGACCGGGUCACCACGGCGAUAUAGAAUAUGAGUACGAGAUCCAUCACUUUGAGAAGUACCACGGAGAGGACGCCAAGGAGGAAGAUCUCACGCACCCCGAAGACAUUGAGCACUUCCGGCAGCACGACGAGGCGGAGAGAGCGGAGAAAAGACUGGAGCAGCUCGAGAGGAUGCAGAUCGUCGAGGCAAAUAUUCCCCAGAAGUUCCUCAGGAGUUCAUGA